AUGAUCACUCACCUACAAUUUCAUAAUAUCGUGGAUAGCAAAAAGUUAAAAUCUGAAGAACCACAAAAACAACAAGCUACAUUACCAGCAAUGCUUAAAUCUAAUACUAAUACUCUACAUAAAAGUGAAAGACGAAAAAAAAUAGUCAAAGGAGUUAUUAAAUGGAUUCUUCUGGAUAAUGAAUCUUUAUCAGCACCAAGAAAAAUUCAUUUUUUUGAUUCACCAAAGCAACAAAAAAGGUUAGAAAAAGCCCAAAUAAGAGUAAUAGAAAGAGAUAUAUUACUAUCUUUUAGUCCAGUUUAUACUAAAGCCUAUGCUGAAGUUUACUUUGACAAUAAAGAGGUUGGUAAAAUUGAUGAUGGAGGUAAUACAGAAUUAGAAAAACUAUUAAACAUAAAUAUUACUCCUAAGCCUCUUUGUCUAAUUAAAGACUGUCCUAUAUGGUAG